ACACGUGUGACACACGGUCACCCAGCUGCUCACAUGAAUCUAGUUCCUCAUUUUUGAGGCUGCGUUUUUCAGUGCUGUUCACACUUCAGCACGGGAACGUUGUCCCUCCUGACGUCCUGGGACUGUAGUUAAAGUUCAAGUGUGUGCUUAAGUGUUUUGCUGGAGCGGAGCCGACAUCUGCAGCACAGAGACGAGCAGCAUGCGGUGAAACUCGGUGGCUGCACCCAGACUAAUUGCUCCGAGACGUGUCCUGGAAGGUGCUGAGCACCCUGGCGAGGAGCCAGCAAGGCUUUUAAACACAUGCUUUCCUUUUUCUCCGCGUUGUUACCAGUUUUGUUCUUUGAUUUCUCUCCCCCUGGCAACCAGGAGGAUAUCUGAGUAGCUCGAGCUGUGUAACUCAUCUCCCAGCGACACGCUGACCUGCGCCGCGGGGAUGUCUCCUGGGACGGCUGACGGGAGCAGGUGUCUCGUGGAGCCGCUCCUCCGUGCCACAUGCUGCCGGUGAGCGCUAGCGUCGCCGCGCUCCGCAGUGCCGCCUGAGCCGGCCCCAGCGAUGGGGGACUCCCCGACCAGCGCGGUGGGCAGAGGCACGGACGCGUGCUGCCAAGACACGCAGGUGGAGCUGGCGGAGCGGGUCGCAGCCAUCGCCGUGGCUGUUAGCCCGGACAGAAGUGACAAAAAUGGUGAAGGCAACGCCGAAGAAAACGACGCGGUCUUUUCUGAAAACAUAAAAGACAUCCAGAGAAACGGAGUCAGCAGUGACGUGGGAGCGAACGAGUUCCUGCCCUCCCAACAGCCAGAUGAUGCUCACUGGAGGCACGGUUCCAAGAGACCUCUCGCUAGGCCUGUCCUCUCCAGCAGGAAGUUGUCUCUCCAGGAAAGAUCAUCGGGAGGUUAUUUGGCUUCGAGCAACCCUCCAGGUUUUGGUGCUUAUGCCACGGGGCCGUCACCGCGGAUAAUGAGGAGACCGACGAUCGAGUCCAAUCGGGUCUCCAUCUCGGAUGCCGAGGACUGCGUGCAGUUAAACCAGUACAAGCUGCAGAGUGAAAUAGGCAAGGGUUCCUACGGCGUUGUAAAGCUGGCCUACAACGAGAACGAUGACAAGUAUUAUGCUAUGAAAGUCCUCUCCAAAAAGAAGCUCCUGAAGCAGUAUGGAUUUCCACGUCGGCCUCCUCCUAGGGGGUCUAAAGCAUCCACUGGAGAGCAGCCAAAGCCAAUGGCACCGCUGGACAGAGUCUAUCAGGAAAUAGCCAUAUUGAAGAAGCUGGACCACGUCAACAUCGUUAAGCUGAUAGAGGUCCUCGAUGAUCCUGCAGAGGACAACUUGUACAUGGUGUUUGACCUCCUAAGGAAAGGGCCUGUCAUGGAGGUACCAAGCGAGCAGCCGUUCAGCGAGGACCAGGCCCGGCUCUACUUCCGAGACAUCGUCCUGGGCAUCGAGUACUUGCACUACCAGAAGAUCAUUCACCGGGACAUCAAGCCUUCCAACUUGCUCUUAGGAGACGAUGGGCACGUCAAAAUCGCGGAUUUUGGAGUCAGUAAUCAGUUUGAAGGGAAUGAUGCCCAGCUCUCCAGCACAGCAGGGACACCAGCCUUCAUGGCACCAGAGGCCAUUUCAGACACUGGCAAAAGUUUCAGUGGAAAGGCACUUGAUGUAUGGGCCAUGGGGAUUACCCUGUACUGCUUUGUUUACGGGAAGUGCCCUUUUAUAGAUGAAUAUAUUCUAGGUCUUCAUAACAGGAUCAAGAACAAGCCUGUGGAGUUUCCAGAAGAAGCACAGAUAAGUGACGAGCUCAAGGAUCUGAUCCUACGCAUGCUUGAUAAAAAUCCAGAAACGAGGAUAACAGUCCCUGAAAUUAAGGUGCAUCCGUGGCUAACCAAGAGUGGGGAGGAGCCCCUGCCGCUGGAAGAAGAGCACUGUACCGUGGUGGAGGUGACGGAGGAGGAGGUGAAAAACUCAGUGAAGACAAUCCCCAGUUUGCCAGCUGUGAUCCUAGUGAAGGCCAUGCUAAGAAAACGCUCCUUUGGAAAUCCAUUUGAGGUCCAGACCAGACGGGAGGAGAGGUCCAUGUCUGCUCCAGGGAACUUGCUAAUAAAACAAGGGAGCAGAGAAGGAGGCAGGGACCCGGAGCUGCCUGACGUGUGUGAAGAUGAAGCAACGUCCUGAAGCCAUGUGGUGCCGCAGGCUGCUCACUCCCGUGCUGCUGCUGUUGUGCCCAUCACGGUGUUGUCUAGCACACAUCCGCCCUCAUCACCAAGUCUGGGGCCUGCAAAGCAAAAAACAAAACUGACCAACCAACCUAGCGAACCGAACAGGAGGAAAAGAGCAGCAAUAAAGAAAAGAGUGGAUCCUGGGGUAGCUCACCUGGCAGAGGGCUGGCUCGGCCUCAUGGGCAGCUGCGUUCCUCACGCGAGGUGUCCGUGCGCUCCUCCAUGUGUGCCUUGCUCUCCACUUGUGCUUCACGUGUCAGCUUUGUAGAUGGGUGUCUUGAUGAAUGAAUGUGAUUUUAUUUGUAAUGCAACAAACCAAAUGUUGUCUCUUGGGUUGUUCGCCCUGGAGACCUUUUUCUUGCUUUUUGCAUUCUCUAUUUCAAAGUUCAGGAAAAAAAAAUGACAUCAAAGUCAGGUCUUA